CCAGAAGAAAAAAAUCUGGCAGUACUUCUUGUUUCGAUUCUAAGUUUACAUAAGAAAAUGUUGACAUCUUUACGAGCAACCUUGAAUAUUUAUAAAACCUCAUCAAAGCUACAACCUUUACUGCAUAAUUCUUUGAGGAAAGCAAUCCCUUCAUCUACAGACAUAGGCUCAAAAUCUUUGGCUACAACAACAGAGUUACCAAAGUCUGACCUUGAUGAAGAACUACACAUAAGUGAUAGCUGUGUAAAGAGGUUAAAAGAAAUCAGUGAUGGUGUCAACAAUUUGCGAAUUCUAGUGGAAGGCGGUGGAUGCUCAGGAUUUCAGUACAAGUUUAACUGGGAGCCUACAAUCACAGAGGAAGAUGUAAUCUUUGAGAGAGAUGGAGUGAAAGUGGUAAUUGAUAAAAUGUCUUUAGACUUUGUGCGGGGAGCAACUCUUGAUUUUUACCAUGAACUGAUCAGAUCCUCUUUCCGUAUCAUAAACAAUCCCAAAGCAGAGCAAGGUUGUUCGUGUGGAUCAUCUUUCUCAGUCAAACUAUAGAUACUGUGAAUUAAACGCUUUGGUAUAAGAAGAAAUAUCCUGUAUUACCUCAGCGAUGGGGAUGUGUAGGCCAUGAUGUGUGGAAGGAAACGUGAUCAAACUCCUUUUAUUGAUCAAACCAUAUUAAAAGUUUAAUUAUUUUUUACCCUUCUCAUUAGCACAAAUUGUUAUAGACAAGACCACCUUCAAAGUACCGGUAACUGAUUUUUAUCUCAUUGCAAUGUGUGUAUUGCCUUGUAUUCUUUUUUUUGUUUUAACUAAGACUGUAAAUAUAAGUAGUGUUAGGCUUAUGAAACCCUAAUAAUGUUAUCGUUAUGAAUACCCCCCCCCCCCUUUUCCCACAAUGCUUUGUGAUUAGUCUCAGUUUAAUAAUGUGAAUAUUUUUGUUUGUUUGCUUGUGUACAGCUAAAUGUUUUAUGUAAUGUAUUUAAAAUUGUUUUUAUAUAUUUAAAUACUCAAUACUAAUGCCAGUACCAUUGAUUGUUGCUGAAAUAAUUUAUGGCAUGGCUGAAUGACAUAACUAUAAAACUGUAUUUAUGUGCAUCUCAGCCAUGAUGGACUUAGGUCUUUCUGUGCUGGUGGUGCAUUGGAUAGCAAGUUAUCUUUAUUGAGAUCAGCCAUUAGUAGUGGCACCAUCUUGUCGACCUUCCCCCCCCCCCCCCACACACACACACACUUUCCCCAGCUCCUCUAAUGUCAUGAAUAGUCUAUUAAAGUAUGAGGUCAUGAUAUUCAAGAUCAGUCCCGUUUCAGUUUUUGUCCUCCCAGCCUUCAUGUGAUUUCAGCCUUAGAGAAGUGUUGUUGACGUAGUUCUAAGACAUCUAUCAAUGCUAUGUUCAGUCACUAGUUCAUUGAGUGGACAAGUGCAUGUUUGAUGGCCACAUUGAACAGGAAGGAUUAAUUCCUUUGAGUGUGUGUCUGUAUUAAAGGGAAACUAGUUAGAGGUUACAAUUAACUGAUUAACAGGAAGAGUUACUUCUUUAUGCGUGUGUAUUAAAGGGAAACCAAUUAGAGGUUUUCCAUCCUUCUGGUCCACUGUUCAUUAAGAUAUCAAAAAAAAAUUACUCUCUCUCUGAUUCAGUUUUGCAUCCUGACCAAAUCAUUCUGUCCCAUUUUUUUAUUAUCUAAAGAGCACUAGAGUUGAAUGAUUGUGUGUUGCAUUAAUCUAAUGUUGAGAGAGCCGUUGUUCUAGGAAUGUUAGUUGUGAGGUCAGUGUACUAAGGUAUACAUAUACAUAUGGACAACAGCUAACAAAACCUCCUAUAUGGACGCGCUGUUUUGCAAUUUAUUGCCAUUAGAAUAUUACAAAUAGGGAUUUAAAUAGUACUGUCAAAAAUUACUUUACAUGGUUGUUAACCCGAGCAAAAAAGUUUUUGAAAUGUUUUUUUUUUAUUUUUCAAAAUUUAAUUGGUAGUAGUCCAUUGGCCAUUCAUGAAUGUACCAGUAUUUUGAAAAUUUUACUGUUUUGAAGAUUUAUUUCCCUUGGAAUGAGCAAACUUGAUCUGACUUGUCAAGUAAAAAUGUCAUGUCAGUCGAGAUUUCCCAAGUUUUUCAUCAAUUUUAUUGGCAGCUUGUAGUUGAACAUAAACUCUCUUUGUGAUCUUUUUUUUUUUUUAAUUGGUUUUGGAGGUGAAAUGCUAAAGAUUGAGACAUACCUGUAUUAAAAGUUAGUUUUAGAGUUGAUGAAGUUUUUAGGGUUAGUGUCAAGGUUAGUUAGUUUUCUUGAUAAGCUUGAUCUCAAAGUUUUUGAUAAUUUAGUGAGAUGUUCUUAUUUUAUCUAACAUUCUUUUCUAAAUAAUAUUUAGUUAAAUUUUCCUCUAUUUUUUAUUCUUUUCUCAAACAUUGCAAGUAUUAAAUGUCCAAAAGUCUUGUAUUCAGUUAAAUCUAUAAGAUCCAAUGAAAUCUUGAGGGUCUUGAUUAUAUUUCUGUACAAAUUGUUAUUUGAUAUCAGAAAUGGAUUUGAAAAAAGAUUGCUAUAAUAAAAGAAGCUUUAUUAUUAUGACUCCAAA